GGAGGAGGAGGGAGGGCGGAGCCACAGGGUGGGGUUCCAUCUAUAAAGGGUGAAGCCUGCUGGCCUGGCAGGCAGGAGAGCUCAGGUCCACUCCAGCAGGCGCCAGCUCCAGGGACACCAUAGGCUUUGUUAAUCCUCAAGGUAGGUGCCAGAAGGGGAGGACCAGCCUGCACUAUGAAUCCGUGGCUCCUGGUCUGCCUGGUGGCCUGCUUCGCAGUUGCCUGGGCUCCCACUGUCCACGCUCAAGGUGCCUUUGAGGACUGCUGCUUGGCCUACCACCGCCGAGCCAGGCUAUCCUUGCUGCGGCAUGCCCAGAGUUACCAUCGCCAGGACGUGAGUGGGAGCUGCAACCUGCCUGCUGUGAUAUUCUUCUUACCCCAGAAAAACAAGAUGGUGUGCGGGAGGCCAGGGGCCAGGUGGGUUCAGGCUGGGAUGAAGAUUUUGGAUGCCCGGAAAAAGAGCCGGUUAAAGUACCACCACAGCACCAGGAGAAACUUCCAAGUCCCUCACUCUGGGGUGAGGAAAUUGAGCUCUGGAACCUCAACACUUCCAUUGUCAAGGUUUAGCGGCCCCACCAGAAACAGCAAGAAGAAAACUCCUCUCCUGUCAACUGCUAAUCCAGCAGGACCGUGAGCCCACACCACUCCAGGAUCUACCCACACAAGAUGGGCUGCACCUCUCUCUGCCACAAUCGUCACUCUGCAGCCUUGACUGCCCCAGCCCCUCUAUCCUUCAGGGCAAAUCUCAACCCCCAUACCUGAGGCUGUGCCGGGUCCCUCCUUGUCACCCCUUCCACCUCCUGAUCCUCUAGCGACUGGAACCAGGGAGCCCUGUUACUUCAAGCCCCGCACCUGCUCCAGACACGAGUCACACCUGCCUGAGUAACCAUUCUCGGAAAGAACCAUCACGAUCGUUGCCUGCCUGCAGGGACACACCUACCCGCAUCCCUCUGGGUCCUUGCAGAGCUUCAGUUCUCCCCAGGACGUGCUUCUAAAACUUUUAAAUAAACUGUUGGUAGGACGCCA